AUGUCGGUGCCUCGCUUCCCCGCUCAUCCCUGCAUGCCGCUGCUCCGCUUGCCCUCUCACCCCGGGAUGCCGAUGCCCCGGGUCUCCGACGCACCCCAGGGUGCUGACCCCUGCAAUGCCCGGGGGUUCUGGUACCCUGGGUCCUCGCCGCGCCCCGGGAUGCCAGUGCCGCGGGUCCCCGGGAUGUCGGUGCCUGCAGCUCCCCGGGAUGCCGAUGCCGCGGGUCCCCACCCCGCCCCGGGAUGCCGGUCCCUGCUGCGCCCCGGGAUGCCGCUGCCCUCGUCCCCGCCCGCCCCGGGUGCCGGUGCCGCGGUCCCCGCGCUGCCGGUGCCCGCAGCACCCCGCUGGCGGAGCCCGGCCCCGCGCCGCCGCUCACCUGCCUCGGCGCCGCCCCCGCCGCAGCGAGCGCGCCCGGCGCGGAGCCGCGAGCCCUGCGGGGCCGGCGGCGGCGGCGGCAGAAGCUCCGCGGGGCCGGGGGGUCCCGCCCGCCGCCCUUCCCGGUGCCGCCCUCCGGCCGCCCGCCGGCGCCGCGGCGCGGGAACAGUCGGGGAGAGCCCGGUUCCCUAUGCCGGUUUCCAGUCCCCGGUUCCAGACCGCCGGUGCCCGGUUCGUGGCUGCCUCUGCCUCCCACCAGCCCCUCCCGAGCUCUGUAUAGGGGACAGGGCUAAGGAUGCCCGGGGAGAACCCAUCGGACGAGACCAGAGACCUGAUUUUGGCGAAACCGGCUGA